AUGUCUGUUCCCCAGCAAAAAGUCCGGACGGCUCCAAACUGCGGGCCAGAGGUCAUGGGGGCUUGGUCGGCUUUGACAAGGCGGAUUUGGCGACCCACUGAGUUUCGCUUCGAGACGCAGUUCGAAGUUCCUGUCAUCUUCGUCUGCCCUCCCAGCAACAAAGAGGGCCCAAUCAAGAACAAACCCAUCAAUUUCGUGUGCGGCACGCAGAGAAGCCUGGAAGCGACUAGGGUACUGCUUCCGAGGGAUGAAGAGAAGAUGGAAUCAAUGCGGGCGGACCGGGUGCACGCAGCCGACAACGAGAAGGCAUCCUGGGUUACUUUACUCUCGCAGCUCCAGUCGAUGGAAACAGAGAGCCAGGAGUGGCAGUUGAAGCACUCUCGCACCGGUCCGCGGAUGGCGACCCCCAGUACCGAAUUCUACAACCACACUCUCGCCGUCGCGAUCCAGACCCAAACGCAGAGCUGGGACGCUAUGCCACCCAGCGUCAAGAAGCCCUGUGCAACGACGACCUUUUCCCACCUCCUCGAGAUCGCGGCCAUGAUGGGUAUGCACUGGAAGGAAUUUAAUCAGUCGGAAAAGCGGUACCGGGCUGAGGGCAACGGAUGUAUGCUCAGAGGCACCCACAUUCCGGAACUCGGCCUCAUGUUCACGUUCCAGGUCUACGGUAGAGUCGAGUUCCUGGGGAAUAGGGUGAUCCCGGUUGGCGAAGUCAGGGAACUGUGCUGCGGUUUUGUCCCAACCUUGUUCCAGGAGACCAACAAGCAUCAGCGCCGGAUCGAUUCUCCCAUCAGGGACCUCAGGGACCUCAACUUUCUCCAGCUUAGUAGCAGAGACAGGAUCGCCGAGACAAUGGUGAUGGUUGGCUGUAAUACGAAUACAGCCAACUACUUUUGCUCCCAUGAGACAAAACAUAGCCAUCUCUUCCCAGUCCCGUUUGAGCUCAUGGGAAUGUUGGGCAAGACGCUGCACAUACGGAACAGUGCCUUCCGUAUGUUGCCAAACCCUACGCCAUACCAGUGGAGUACGAACUCCUUUGAACUACCCCAGCUGGUGAAGGAGUACUGGAAGAAUAUUACGGCUUCGGACCUGGACCUCCCCCGAGUACCGCACGUCAAGAAGCUCGGAGAGGACACCUCUCUCCUACUUGAAGCGCUGUACCGGGAUGCAAAGUCCAGGACGCCCGCCUACUCCAUACCGCUACUCAACACCGUGCACGAUAUUCUGGACAGAUGCGAUAACUUCCUCAGGGGGAGCGACUCGGAUCUUGUCCGGAUAGUGGUCGGGGAGCACUUCCAAGCAGUUCUCAAGAUGGUCAACGAAGAAAGGCGGAUGUCCAACGGGGAUGGCCGAAGGGGCGGGAGGCGGCGAGCGGAGCAUUUCAGCGAACUCACGGCCGCCAGCCCAGAGCUGCGCGAGGAGGUAUUCAUGGACCUCUACUUCUACAAGGUCUUCGGCCAGGUUAGGGAGCGCGCCGUGACAUGGUGUGAACAGCGGCGAACGGCACCGCGGGCGGGCUCGGGGAGCCCCCGGGAGCCCCCUGCUGCGAGCGUCUCGGCCAUCUGGUGUACGCUUGUGCUGCGGAUGAUGUGCUGGCUGCUGCUCCACGAUUUCCACAGGAAGGACGUCCAGAUACCGAAGAGCGAGCUGCUGGGCAGUCGGAUUCCGGUGUAUAUCUCUUGA